AAAGAAAAAUUGACGUUUAUUUAUUUUGAGUGUUAACAAUAAUGGCUGAUGCUAAUGAAAUACCAAAUAAUACUCGAAAAAACUCUCAAACUGGCGUGAACAAUGAAGAGUCUGACUCUGAAGAUCCUAUUCAGCCUGUUCUUUUGGACUUGGGCGAUGAUUUAAGUCAUUUAACAGAUUCAAAUAGGUUAGGAUUUCAAAGUGCAGGAGCUUCAGGUGUUAACGACCCCCCAAAGCGUGAAGACAACCCAUUUUCUUUUAAACAUUUUAUACGUAGUGAUAUAAGUUGCUACCAGAAUAAAGGAGCUCGUCCUAAGGUAUACUGUGAAGGACGGCCGAUUUCAUCAGUGUCAGAUUUGGAAUUUCCUUCACAACAGGAAGCUAAACAGACAAGAGUUGGUCCUGAAUAUUCAUCUGCCUUACCUGACUUUGUUCAAGACCACUUAGUAGUAGAACAGUGCUAUUUGGGAAAUUCGGCGAAUAGCGGUUUUAAUUUGGAUAUAAAUCUGCCUGAUUUUACCCCAAGUAGAGAUACAGUUAAUAUUAAUAGAAUAAAUAUUGAUUCUAGUCAUAGUGUUAAUCGAAGAUGUGAUAGUAAUAAUGACUUAUCGAUUCCUUUGGAUUUACCAGUAAGACCCCCUUCUGGCUUUCCAUUAGAUUUGCCAGUAACUUGCCCUCAGAAUAAUGCUCGAAAUUGUAUAAACAGUGAGGUUGGAGUGUCAAAAAGUCUGCCUGAUUUUUUAGCUGAUGGUGCAGUACGAACCCAAGAUCCAGUUGGACCACCUGCUGAAAGUCCAGAAAGGGAAUGUGAGAGGUUGCGGCGAGAAUUAGAAACUGUUAGAGGACAGUUAGCGGAACAAACACGUCGCGUUGAAAGUUUGACUGAAGAAUUAGAGAAAACUAGAAAUAAAGAACAUGAUUAUACUCAGAAUUUAACCAAGGCUUUGGAACAAGUGGAGAAAAAUUUAGAAAAAAGCAAUAUGAGAACAGCUACCGCUGAGAAUACUAUUGUGACACUGAAGCAGGAGCUCAAAGCCCUUUCUAGUGAACUAAACAGUUUAAAGUCAGAAAAUUCAACACUGAAAGGUGAAGAAGGUGCAGCAGGUGGAGGAAGUGAUACCAACACUCCAAAUGAAUUGCAUGCACAAAGAUUAGCUCAAGAACUAAAAGCUGCAGCGAGUACUGCAGAACAUUCACUAAGGCAAUUGCUGACAGGCGUUGAUAACCUUAGAAUAAUGGCAGCUACUUUGGAAAACAUGCAUCGUAUAGAAGAAAAAAGAGAGACUUUCUUAGAUUUAGAUGAAGAUACAGGGCCAGCAUUGUAAUACCCAUUAAAAAGGAUGAAAACAACUGAAUUUUUGAUAUUGUACAUAGAUCUAUGUAGUUUAAUUUAUUAUGUGUAGUAGCUAGGUCGUAGUUUUUUCAUUAAUGUGAUUUUUUUAUCUACUGAUGGUUAUUUUGAUAUUAACAGCAAACAAAACAUGUAAACGUCAUCUACUCGAAAUUCAUAGAAU